GGGUGCGGAGGCCUGAGGGCUUGAGGUUGCCCGGCUGUUUCGGCUGCCAGAGGCGGGUGCCACGCUGUCGCCCAGGCAUCUGGCGUCUCCGGUGUCUGAGUGUCUCAUUGUCAGCGCUGACACUCUUGCCCCAGCCACAGGCGAGGCCGGCCCGAGGUGUGGGCGCAUCUCGGGCAGGUCUUGAGAAGUCCAGCGCCCGUCGGUGCGGACAGUGGCGGGGCACCGCGGCGCUCGCCGCCUCCUUCCCGCAGGUGAUCAUCCUCCUGCAGGUGUCCUCGGGCCUCAGGUGGCUGCGCGUCCGCGCCAUGGUUGACAUUCUGGGCGGGCGGCACCUGUUGACCCGUAAGGGCGCGGCGGUGGAGGCCGAGGCGGCGCUACAGAACAAGGUGGUGGCACUGUACUUCGCGGCGGCCCGGUGCGGGCCGAGCCGCGACUUCACGCAGCUGCUCUGCGACUUCUACACGGCGCUGGUGGCCGAGGCGCGGCGGCCCGCGCCUUUCGAAGUAGUCUUCGUGUCAGCCGACGACAGCUCCCAGGAGAUGCUGAACUUCAUGCGCGAGCUGCAUGGCACCUGGCUGGCGCUGCCCUUCCAUGACCCCUACCGGCAUGAGCUGAGGAAGAGGUACAACGUCACAGCCAUCCCCAAGCUUGUGAUUGUGAAACAAAAUGGGGAGGUCAUCACCAACAAAGGGCGGAAGCAGAUCCGGGAGCGGGGGCUCGCCUGCUUCCAGGACUGGGUAGAGGCGGCCGAUAUCUUCCAGAAUUUCUGCGGUUGAAGUGGGAGGGACCUCAGAGGGCCAGGACGGAUGCUGCUUUUCCAGCACAGACACUGGGGCAAAGAGGAGUAUGCUGGGUUCCUUCCUCUGUUGGUGUGAUAUUGUAUUUCAGAACAGAAGCACUAAGCUGUGUUCAAAAGCAACUAUUGCUCAGGAAAUAAUGCACUCCCUAUUUUGAUCAUGCAGCCUGUUUGUAUUAUAGUUGUUUUUGUUAUUCUUUGCAUACCUUUAUCCACCUGUACUUAAGGAAGGAUUCUCAUAUGUUCAUCCUGAGCUGUUGAAAAUCUAUGCAAGACAUUUAUUUGUACAAGUCUCUUCAGGUAAAAUAAUCUAUUUAUUGAUAACAUUUUCUGGUGAUCUGUUUAUUUUAAUGAUAUGCUUUCACAACUAUCUUAAUAAAAUUUGCAAACUGUAUACU